UUUUCCGUCGGUUUUUUUUCCCCACUUUGGUUCGUUAGGGUUGAAGAAGGGAAAUGGGCAUGAAAUCGCCGCCACAUCAUCUUCUUUUUCCUCCCCCAAUUCCUGCCCAUUCCUCGUGAAAUCGACGACAAUCGAAGCCACGUCGGCUUGUUGCUUUCCUCGUUGAUUUCUUCGGCGAUCUAUACUUACCUCCUUUCUCUCCUCCCGCCAGAAAGUCCCGCGACCUUUGUUGUCCCUGUAUUCGAAGAAAUUCGUGGGAGGGGCUCUGAUCUUUGUCGACAAUAAUCAGAUCUGAUCUUUGCCGACGCUGUUGCUUCAUAAAUCAAGAUGGAUAAUGAUGGUGAUUAUUCUGAUGAACAAAGUGUUGAUAAUAUGGUUCAAGGAUUGCAUUGGAAUGAUUGAUGGGACUCAUGUUGAUGCAAUGCUUCCGAUUAAUCUUGUUGCACGCUUUCGAGGCCGCAAAGGUGUUACACAAAAUGUGCUUGCAGCUUGCACCCCAAACAAGCUAUUCACAUAUAUUCUAGCAGGUUGGGAGGGGUCUGCAAAUGAUUAUAGGAUUCUUCAGGAUGCAUUGUCUAGACCACAACCACAUGGAUUGAGAGUCUAUGAUGGCAAAUACUAUCUAUGUGAUGCUGGGUACCCAACCAUGCCAGGUUUCAUCUCUCCAUACCGAGGUGUUCGAUAUCAUUUGAAAGAACAUUCGGGUAAAACACCUAAGAAUAGAAGGGAAUUAUUCAAUCUAAGACAUUCUUCAUUGAGGUCUAAGAUUGAAUCUGCAUUUGGCACAUUGAAGAAUCGUUUCAAGAUUUUGUGUGCUAAGCCGCAUUAUCCUUUUCCUAUACAAGUAGAUAUUGUAUUGGCAUGCACGAUACUCCAUAAUUUCAUUGCAACUGUGGAUCCAAGAGAUGAACUACUCAACGUUGAUGAAUUUAAUGAAGACAUUGAUGGUGAGGUGGCCUUUGAGAAUGACACUAAUUUAGUUGAUUUUACUCAAAAUCAAUCCCAAAGAGAGCAAACUAAAUCAAGAAAUGAGUGGAAGACUCUUAGGGAUAACAUUGCUUGGGCGAUGUGGGUGGACUACUGUGAUAAGUAUAAUCAUGGUGUAACCACAGAGACUUGAUUUUUUUUGUUUUAUUUAUGCUCAUAUAUGUACUCAAUAACUCUAUUUCCAUUAAUGACGUUCUGUUUUUAA